UUUUGUAUUCAAGACAUCCCCGCUCACCACACUUUGCCCACACAGGGCACAAUCCCCUUGUCCUGAAAUCCAGGUCUGGCGACCGGUGAGUAAUGCCCCCUACCUCGUUGUUUGUUCUUAUACCGAAUACUUAAAAGCCUUACUAAAUAUAUAUAGAACAAACAGUGGAUCCUUGGUUCGAAGUCUGCAUUUCGAUAUGCUUGGUGGCCUGAGUCGAAGUUGGCAUUUUCUUUUCUCCUUUUCUCGGAUAUCAUAUCCUGCAUUCUGUUCGAUAUUCGUAUCAAAAUCCCGGGAUUUCGUGAGCCCUCCGCCAGCGGCCCGUGCUAUUGUGUUACUCCUGUACUCGUACAGUAUCAAGAAUUCACUCGCUUCUCUACC